GCAAUCUCGGGCCUUGGAUGCACCCUGUGCAUCCACAGUCCAGAUCACUGGCUGCACAUGAUCCGUGAAUCGGCAUACGAAUCGUUCCUGCAUGUUUCCUUCAUCCUUCUUUCUAUUUGACAGCGUCUAGCUACGUAGUAAAAUAAAUGCAGCAGAAUCUUCUUUCACUUCAUUUAUUGUCAUGGCAUGCCAAUAUAUGCAUCAAAUGAGCGCCAGAAAGAUGAGAGAAGCGGACUGGCAUGGGAUAAAGGUGAAGGGAGUCUCGAGAAUCAGGUCUAUGAACGAGAGAAUGGAAAUGGCAGGCGGCCACUGUACUACUCUGCAUGUGAAUUUUAGCACGUGAAUAUAGUAAAAAUGUUGAGAGUGGUGGAUUAAAAAAAUGGUAAUUCAUUAUUUUUUAUCAAACUGCAGGCCACCAUUUUUUUUUUCUCUAACUCUGAGCUUUACUGUGUGCAGAAUGUGAUGGAGAAUCCAAGGUGGUGGCGGGAAGCCAAAUCUCAGAGAAGGACUGCUGUUGAUUCUCGCUGAUUUCAUUAAUUCUCCCAAUACAUCUAAGUUGGCAGAUACACUAACGGUCGCAUGGUGAGAAUUGGGGAGUUGAUUAAAGAUUGGUUUGCAUUUCUUUUUGACUGAACGUGACAGCAUUUAAACAACACGAGCUCCCUUCCCCUCAUUCUCCCUAUUUUAACAUGAACUCGUGUUUACUCUCACUAUCACUCUCACGCUCACUUCCCACCAUCACUCAUGGAAAACAACUGCAGGAAGUCAUCGUCCUCACCGUUGAAGCCGUGGAAGAAAGGUCCGACGAGGGGCAAAGGCGGUCCACAGAAUGCCAUGUGCGAGUACCGAGGAGUUCGACAGAGGACAUGGGGGAAGUGGGUGGCUGAGAUCAGGGAGCCGAAGAAGAGGACUCGAAUCUGGUUGGGUUCUUUCACCACUGCUGAAGAAGCCGCCAUGGCGUACGAUGAGGCUGCGAGGAGGCUGUAUGGUCCUGAGGCUUAUCUCAACUUGCCUCACCUCCAGCCUCCUUACAUAAACCCUGCUGCCGCUGCUGCUUUCAGUAGUCCUUUCGGAGGGAGGUUGAACCGGUUCAAAUGGCUUUCUUCUAGGAACUCGGCUUUGUUGUUUCCACCUCGUGGACUGCUCAACUUGCAUGCCCAGCCGAGUGUCCACGUCAUCCAGCAGAGGCUUCAGGAGCUGCAGAAGAAGAAGAGCAAUGCUGCUGCUGCUGCUGCUCCCUGCAGCAGCAGCAACUCUUGUUCACAGAAACCUGAAGUUGGUUCUGCGAUGACUCAAAAACCGCAGGCGGAGAAAGAAGUAGUGGUGGUGGAGGAGAAGGGAACAGUGGAGACGGUUGAGACAGAGAAAGUUAAGCCGCAGAUUGAUCUGAACGAGUUUCUUCAGCAACUGGGGAUUUUGAAAGAUGAGAGGCUGUGUGUUCCUAUGGACAAGGAAGAGUUCAGCUGUUAUGAUGUUGCUGGAGAUCAGCUUGACCAUUCAUCGUCAUCGUUCGAGGAAGACAAGGGUUUUAGUUACUGGGAUUCCUUCAUGUAUGGUUUGCAUGGCAUGGCAGAUCUUCACAAUCAGGAUAUCGUGGCGGCGGGCAGUAGAAUCCAGCUCCAGCAGCUGGAUGUGGAAGAUGAUGAUCAGCAAUUCUCAACUCACAUAUGGAAUUUCUAGAUAUGUCGCUUGCUUUGGGCUAGAUUUUUUUCUUCUUCUUUUAACCAGUUUGGUUUGGUGUCACUUUCCAUUCCCUGGCAACGAAAGAUCAUAAGGACAAUGCAUGAUUUAUUUGGUUUUGUUCUAGUUAUUGAGGAUUUUUUCCCGGAUUUUUUCCCAUUAUGCUCUUGAUGUUUGGUGGUAUAACAUGUUGAACUCUUCAUGUUAACCCAAUCAUAUAUGGUCUAACAUGAUACUUUAUUCAUAUUUCAUAUACCAAAGUGCAUCUACUCGUACUUGGAUACUGAUAAGUCAUUUUUAUCAAGUCUCAUCUCUCCCUUAUGCAAGUACACUCUUCCACAAAUUUGAUAACGUUCUUUGUCAAGUAAAUAUGCUUGCAAAUCUUCACCUUAGUUGACUGACCAAUUAUUCACCACUUAGAGGAGAUAAAAAUUUAUAUACGCUGACUAAUCAUUCAUAUUUGGAUCACGUGUAUUUUACAUAUGUGUAACAUUUUUCGAAUUCUUUUCUGAUUAACAAUUUUUUCUGAGUCUUUCGACUAUUCAACUAGAGGUCAGUUGAUCACACGUGUCGUUUAAUCGCAUGUAUUCCAAAUAUACAAUUUUCAUUUUCAGACACUUAAACAAAUAUUUUGUUUUUCAUAAAUACUAGCGUGGGUCCCGGCCAGUUGGCUGGAGGAAGGUGAUGUAUGAAAUUUGAUAAUGUAAUGUAGUGUAUAGCUUAUUAUUGUAUAGUUUUUUUUUGGAACACGUAAUAAAAAUAGUGAAUUUUAGUAGGAAAGAGACAUGAAUGAUGCAACGAAUCAAAAAUCAGCCUUAUGAACCAAAAUCAAGUACAUGUUACCUAGUGAAACAAUAUUGUUUCUGGUAAUAUGAUGAGGUGGAGUAAGCUUUAUAGAAACUGAAUUCCAGAAAAUCGAAUAAAAAAUCGCCUAUCCCGCUGGUUUUCGAGAAAUGAGCAUCUCACAAUCGUUGCUACCUUUAACUCGGCCCGCUGGCCGAUUAAUUUGCUUUAUAAAACUUUCAUCUUGUCGUCAUUGUGCUUUCUGGUUUUUGCCAAGCCAUGAUAAAAUCUAAAGAAAUCAAGAAUGAACAACACGAUUUGGGAUAAGAAUCGUCGUUCCUGUAUCCCUAGAAAAUGGUGGUAAACACGGACUCACCUGCCAAACUGGUUUGGAUUGAAAUUUUUAUCGUGUAUCAGGGAACCAUGUGAUUAUAAAUUAGACUUGAUCAAAACGGGCCAAAACUUGAACUUCAGCCUGUUUGACCGACUCAUGCCAAACUCUAAUUAUUCUUUACUUUUAAACUUUCUAUUUGAAAAUAAAAAAUAAUGAAAGAAAAGAGAUUACUGCAAUUCACCAUUUGCAAAUCAAUAUUCAGAAUAAAAGUAUAGAAUUUUG